GCGAGACGAAUUCUAGAGGUUUCGCUCGAGCUAUUUAAAGCUGCGGAAACAAAGAGGCUACCGAGUGUGAUUCCUCAACAAAAUAGGCAGGGAGAUCGAUCUCGCCGGGAAGAUCUUCACCUUCAGUUCGUCUAGCAGCUCUCGAGCUUCUGUCAGAUUCCCGCAAUCGGAUCUCUCGGCAAUCAUGACAACAUCCAGGCGUUUCGCGGAUAGGAAGGUGGAUAGGUUUGAGAAGAACAUCACAAAGAGAGGAGCUGUUCCUGAGACAACCGCCAAGAAGGGAAAGGACUACCCUGUUGGACCUAUCUUGCUUGGGUUCUUCAUUUUUGUGGUCAUUGGCUCAUCUCUAUUUCAAAUUAUCCGGACAGCAACGACUGGGGGCAUGGCAUAAGAGCAACCUUUAAGGAAGGCCGAUGGAUGACUUUGUGUCGUGUCGUGUGAUUUGUGUUCUCUCUUAGUUUGUAGGGAAGUGAUUUUGCAUGUACUUGACCAGUUGCUUUCGGAAACCCGUAAGUUGAUUAAUAUACAUCCAAUUGUUUCGA